AUGUUACUUACUGCCCUUAUUCCUCUAUCCAUUUCUCAUAAUAUGUAUUCGCUCAGUGUUUCGUUAGGCAAGCAGUUCAUUGGACACAAGGCCUUCACAAUAUUUGUGAAGUUACACAAAGUUAUGGCUGUGCUCUGCUAUCCAAUGUACACAAGGCCCUCAAGGUCCCCUUCUCCUUAUAAGGGACGCCAAAAGCAAAUGUCAAGGUCAAGAUCACCUGUAGCUCAAUCCCAGUCUAGAUCUCCAUCGCCUGAUCCUAGAGCUCAGGCGAGGUCAAGAUCUCGAAGCCCUGCGAGGGAGCGGGAGCCUGAAGCUGUAAAUCAUGGAAAUACUCUGUACAUUACUGGACUUUCUUCUAGGGUGACUGAUAAAGAACUUAGAGAGUACUUCAAUAAGGAAGGAAAGGUGGUUUCUUGUCAUGUUGUUCUUGAACCCCACACACGUGUUUCUCGUGGAUUUGCUUUCAUCACCAUGGACACUGUUGAAGAUGCUGAACGCUGCAUCAAGUAUCUCAACCAGUCAGAACUGCAAGGCCGGAACAUCACAGUUGAAAAGAAGACAUUGUGCAAGCUAUGUGCCAGCAAUCAAGAUGCUGAGUUCAUCAAUUUCAACUUUAGCUCAUACAGCUUGAUCAAUGGACAGCCCAAAGGGUUACUAUGCAACACGAGAUUCACAACAACUAAACGUAGCAAAUUUUCAACUAAACCUGAGCAUUCACCUUCAACUCCCCAUCAACUAAUCAACGGGCAUUUCCAACACUUUAGUCAAGUUGUCUGGUGA